AUGGAGGAGGAGGUAGACUUGGAGGCUGUCCGGCCGCCCUACAUUCAUGCAAUGUUAGCUGGCGGCCUAGGAGGGACGACUGGAGAUAUGUUGAUGCAUUCUUUGGACACAGUCAAAACGAGGCAGCAGGGCGAUCCGCACAUGCCCCCGAAGUACACAUCCAUGGGGUCGACAUAUUACACAAUCUGGCGGCAAGAAGGAAUAAGAAGAGGCCUAUAUGGAGGCGUGAAGCCAGCCUUCCUAGGCUCCUUCUCUGGAACCGUGAUAUUUUUCGGGACAUAUGAAUGGAGUAAACGACAUCUGAUAGACAUGGGCGUUGCGCCGUCGAUAUCCUAUUUCACGGCUGGCCUCGUCGCAGAUCUAGCAGCAGCCCCCGUUUACGUCCCAUCUGAAGUCCUCAAGACCCGCCUCCAACUCCAAGGCCGACACAACAACCCUUACUUCAAUUCGGGCUACAAUUACCGAUCCACUAUUCAUGCUGCAAAGACAAUCGUAAAGACUGAAGGAUUUUCAGCCCUCUUCUACGGAUAUAAGGCAACCCUUUGGCGCGACCUUCCAUUCUCAGCCCUACAAUUUGCCUUCUACGAGCAAGAGCAAAAAUGGGCCAAGGCAUACGUUGGGUCAAAAACAAUAGGAUUGCCCCUGGAGAUCUUGACAGCGGCGAGCGCUGGGGGUAUGGCUGGCAUAAUAACAUGUCCCCUGGACGUCGUAAAAACUCGCAUUCAAACUCAGCACAACCCAGACACCCUCCCAACGAGUGCGACAACGUCGACAAUAGUGUCCCAAAAACCAACCUCGCCUCAUGUACCCUCGAAACACCAAAAGCCGGCACCUAUUAAGCAAACGCCGCACCAGCACAGUCGGCCCAUUUCAACAUCCUCUCCUUCCACGGCGCUCAAGAACCACUCGGCCGCAACCUUGGACACGUCAUCAGUGUUAACAGGAUUGAAAGUCAUUUAUAGAACGGAGGGUUUCGCAGGAUGGUUCCGUGGUGUUGGCCCUCGUCUAGUCUGGACGAGCGUGCAGAGUGGCACCAUGCUCGUGUUAUAUCAAACCCUUCUACGGUUCUUCGACGAACAUCCCCUAGUUUCAAAAGACGACGCUUUGUUAUAG